GUCCGUCCGUCCGUCCCUCCGUCCCUCCGCUCCCUCCCCGCCCGGGCACCGGACCAAACUCGGCCUGAGCUCGCCGCGGGGACCUCCGGUGGGGACAGGAGGGGACAGCGGGCAGGGAAUCCCCGGGGCUGGGGCAUCACCCGGCCCUUCCAUGAAACAUUCCCGGAAUUUUUCCCAGGAUCGUUUAAAUUGGAAAAGACUCUCCGAGGUGAUGGAAUUCAAACUUCCAGCCCCGUUCCGGGGGUGCAGGGCAGGUGAACCCCAAACUCCGCUCCCCGCAGGGCUGGGGACACGGAGGUGACCCCAGAGCCGCGGUGACAUCCCUGUCACAGCCCUGUCACAGCCCUGUCACAUCCCUGUCACAUCCCGGCCUGGCCCGGGCAGUGCCAGCGGUCCAGGGCCCGGCUCGACCCGCACCGAGUGAGAGUUGUGACUCAGCCACCCGCUGACAUCAUCCCUAUUAAUAGUGGGCUCUGUAAAAAUUAAUUAAUUCAAAUUAAUUAGGGGGUUGGCACUGCCCGAGCGCUCCCCUUUAAUCAGUGGGUAUUUAUAGCACUGCGGCCUGGCACGUGUCCACCCGAGGGGACAGGCCAGCUCCUGGGGACACCCCCGUUCCCACGGGGACCCCGAGCUGCAUCCAGCACCCCGAGGGGACCCCGGGAUUGUCCCCAGUGUCCCCAACAGGUGUGACAAAGAGCCAGGCCACCCCCCCAGGGCCACGCACGGGGAUUUGGGGUCCCCAGAGGUGUUUUGGGGGCCGAGGACAGGGACAACCCUGGCACAAGGUCGCCGUCAGCAGCCCGGGCUGUGACACCUCUCAGUGGGGACAGGGAGGCUCCCACGGGCACGGGGUGGCCCUGUCCCCACCCCGCAGGUGUCACGGGGCAGGAAUGGCCUUCCUGCAGCCCCAUCCGGCCCCGGAGUGACGAGGGGACAGGGGUGGCACUGCCACCGAGCCGCACGUCAGGACACCGGGACGGAGUCUUGGGAAAGCGCCGCCUGUCCAGCCUGGGGACCCCAACCACGGCAUGGCCACCGUGGUGGCCGGUGGUGGCCCCUGGAGGGGCUCCUUGGAGGGGACCGCGGUGUCCCCAGGCCGGCCACUGCAGCUCCUCCCUCUCCCAACCCCGGGCAUGGAAAAGCCUCUUCCAGAGCCCCGGCCACAGGAACGGGGAGACAAGAUCGGCCCAGCCCCGGCACCACCGGGAACUGGAGCAACUGGUUUAGCUGGGCCAAAGUGGAGCAGGGGAGUCGCAGCGGCUGAAACCUGUUCCAAGCUGUGUGUAAAGCUCCUGGCAUGUCCCUGGCUGUGGAAAGAGCUCGGGCUGGGAUUGUGCCAGCCGGGCGUGCUCUGUGCCAGCCGCAGGGGCUGAGACCCCCCCGGACCCCCCCAGUGCUGGGGUUCACCCUGGGGCACCCCGGUGCUGCUGUCCCGAAGGGUUUGGGGGGUUUGGGACACUCCGGCUGUGCUGGUGGCUCUGUCCCCUCUGUCCCCUCUGUCCCUGCCUGCCAGGGAGUGGGCCCGGGGUUAUUUUUGGGCAAUGCCUGUCGCUGUCACCAGCAGCUGCUGGUGACAUUCCCGGGCUGUCCUGCCCUCUGCCCGGCCGCUCUGGGGACAGGGACACAGCGACCGCAGCCAUGGCAUCGCAGCUGGAAGGGGCCAUGGAGAGCCUGAUCAAUGUCUUCCACCACUACUCGGGCAAGGAGGGGGACAAGUACAAGCUGAGCAAGAAGGAGCUCAAGGAGCUGCUGCAGAGCGAGCUGGGAUGUUUCCUGGAGACCCAGAAGGACGCGGGGGCCGUGGAGAAGAUCAUGCAGGACCUGGAUGAGAACGGCGACGGCGAGGUGGAUUUCCAGGAAUUCGUGGUCCUGGUGGCCGCCCUGACCGUGGCCUGCAACACUUUCUUCUGGGAGAACGCCUGACCCCCCCUGGCGCCGCAGCAGGACGGGGAUCCCAAAAUCCAGAGCCCCCCCGGCAGCCCCCAGCCCGCCCCCUCUGCUCCCCGGCAUUCCCAGGGGAUCCCACCGGGAUCCAGCUCCGCAAUAAAGGCACCGA